AACCAAACCUUUUUAACAUCCAGUUCUGAGAGCUUGUACGUGUGCUGUCAUGGUUUACAUCACUGACUUCCCUCAGGAUCUAUGUUAGUGUCUUCUGACAGUGUGGUUAAAGAUGACUAGGAUCCAGUACCUGGCUUGUCUGUGGACGCUGUUCUUGACACAAACUGGAUUUGUGUGCAGCGACAUUCAGUUCAUGGAGAGGAAUCAGGGGGAAUCUGUGGUACUUCCCUGUGUGAUUGACCCCAGAAACCCCUCGCCCUUCGGCAUCUACCUGAAGCGUGACUGGCUGCGUCCCAAGGAAGUGCUGUUCAAGUACACCGACAGCAACUUCAAGCUAAACGAUAAUGAUGACAAGAACCGCAUCAGUGUCACCGGUGACCCGAGCAGGCACUCCCUGAACGUGACCAUCUCUCAGCUGAAUGCCGGUGACACAGACCGCUAUUACUGUGAGUUCCUCGUGGCCAACCCUUCCUCUGAAGACGAUCAAAUACGUGGGAAGACAGAAUUCGUCCUCCUUGUUAAUGCUGAUGCCCCUGGGACGGUGAACAUAGGUUUGGUAGAGACGUGUUCUGGGGCCUCGGCCGUGCUCCCCUGCUUCCCCCAACACGGGGAGGCCUUGGCCGUGGAGGGGGUGAGUCUGAUGCGGCAGAGGGGCCAGAAGCCUGUGGAGGUGUUGUACCACUCAAAGCGCCACCAUGGCGGCGGCUCUUCCUCCUCCCAGUUCCCCGUCGAGAGGGUCCAGCUGUCCUCUGCUCCCGGUCCUAGGGGCAUCACCUACAACCUGACCCUGAAGCAGCUGCAGCCAGACGACAGCGCCCUGUACAGCUGCCAGCUGCUCCUGCGCGGUGGGCCUGACUCCACCACCAGUCUGGGCAGACAAGUGUUCUUUGUGUCUGUGCAAGGAGGUCAGUGCGGCUGCUCCAACUACUCCACCCUGCUGUAUGCUUUGUCCGCGGCUGUGGCUGUCCUCUUCCUCCUCCUCCUCUUCGGAUUUGUGGUGAUUUAUAAAGGCAAAGCACGCCGCAGUGUCAAGUCACACCCUCAGGCCCCCAUCUACGAGGAGAUGACUGGGGUGAAGCCUGUCUGUCGAAAACUGGCCCCCCACCAUCUGGAGGAAAUGGAGUCUUCUGAGUACAGAAACUGCCCUGUGAAGAAAUCCUGUCCUGAAAACCAUUACGAAAGCCCCAAACCCAGGAGUGAAUUUUAGAAAUGAAAUAUUAGACCAACUUAUCAACUCAGCUGCCUGAAACUUACUGCACUCAAAUUUACUCUAUUAAAUUACUUUAAUUAGUUUCUCCAACACAUUCAAACAACUUAGAUUCUGUCGGACUGUUAUAUCUCAUGUAUAUUGGACUGGGGAUAGUUUGAACGAGUGUUUGUAUUUGACAUUUUCUCAAGGACCUUUGUAAAUGUUGACUGCCCAUGUUUGUGUGUUUGUGUUUGAGCAAAUAAAGGUACCCUGUGGAGUUUUGUAA